AUAAACAAAACAUUGUUAUUCAAUACCCCGCACAUCGCAACAUUAGUUCUUAGUUCUACUGGUUCUACUUCCAAAAAAAUGUCCACCCGGUGGUAUCCGAUUUAUCAGCGAGGUAACCCACAGCUGCGAGUGUUUCUGCCAAACUUUUGGCUCAAGCUUAUUCGAUCAGAACAUGAGCAGCCGCCGAACGUCGUACAAUUUGCUUGUUCCAUGGAAAUGACAAAGUACGACAUAAAAAACUACCUGCAGAAGAUCUACAACGUUCCCGUUGUGGACGUUCGAACGCGGAUAGCACUGGGGAAAACAAAGCGGGACCAGGUGAUGGGUUAUGUUACCAAAUAUGAAGACACCAAGCUAGCCUAUGUAACACUGCCUAAGGAUGUAAAAUUCGAAUUCCCCAACCUGUUUCCCGAGGAAAGUAAAAAGCAACUGGAGGACGACAAAAAAUCUUUGGACGAAGCCAAAAAGAACCACAAAAAAUAUCUAGAGAAAAACAAGCAUAGGCCUGGCACUCCCGGUUGGUUUUCAAUAUAAAAUUAACUGAUUUAAUAGUAUGAUUUAAUAAAAGAUAAUGUAUUUUAUGCGCUGCAUAAAUUUAAUAAA